AUGGUAGGAGAAGUAGAAUAUGAGGGACAGAAAAUCCAGUGGAAAAAAGAGAAAGCCUUGAGCCAAAGCAUGGUAAAAGAGGCAGGGAUACAAAAUGGCAAGUUAUGGGAAAAAUUAGAAUAUCAUGAGAUACUGAUGGAAGAAUACAAACAAGAGAACAAAAGGAAGAAGCUUGAGCUUAAAGAUCAGGCACAACUAAUUAACGACAUCUCAAAGGAAUGUGCCAAGGAAAGAAAAGAAAAGGACAAACAAGCUACCCUCUAUCAAGAACUGCGAGGAAAUAUUGACUGGUUAGAAAAGAUGAUAGCACAAGGAAAACAAGAGCUGCUGCUAGAAUCCGAAUAUGCUUUGAAGAUGUUCAAUCCUGCAAAACAAGAAGAAACAAAUAUUGCUCCUAACAAAGCAAAUCCGAUUGAGCAAUCAGUUAUACCAAGAAGAGUUUACUUAACAAGAUCUCGAAUGAAGAAGAUAAUGGAAGAGCAAGAAUAA